CGCCUUUGAAGCUGUUUAACUCCCUCUCGUACUUGGGUUAUGUCACGGUCCCCACAACAAGGAACGGCGGUCCCCAGGCGCAAAUCCGGUCCCAGAAGCCCUCCCGAGCCGGCGCCGGGCUCUGCACAGCCGCGGCCUCUGCGAAAUUCGAGGAAGGAAGGGUCCUUUCGCAGAACGGCUGGCAUUGUGUGUCCCCCGUCUCCGCCACGUUCCCGGGGCCAUCUGAAGACCAGGAGCAAAAGGAGCCGCAAAUCCCGCGUCCGGGGAGCGCCGGCCGGGCCUGGGCGGCGGGCGCCCCCAUCCUCCCCAAACUCCGCCAACCUCGCUGGCCCUGGCCGGCCGCGCCCGUCUGCCCCGCCAAGCUGUCUCCGGGAGCGCGUUGGGAAGCGCGGGGAUCCUCCGCGGGGACCCGGAUUAGCCGUGAGCGGUGGCCCGGAUGGUCUCCCAGCCUUUUGUGCUCACUUCAUUCGGACUCUGAGAAACCCCGGUCCCCUCCGCCCUGCGCGCGCUCCCAGAGCAAAACCCACGGGUCUGAUGCGACCGCGUAGCGAGGAGCCAUCCAGUGGAGCGAUUCGAGCCGCCCGCGCCGGCACCUCACCUCGCAGAGCCGCCCCAGAUCCCGAGGCCUGGCGGUGACGCCACCCAGCGACGGGCUUCACGUUUUAAAAUAGAUGCCCGGGACGAAAAGACUGAGUUUCAUGGAAGGAGAUUGUAAACUGCACGGGAGUGGAG